AUGGCAAGGCCAGGCCCACUUGACCGCGCCAGUCGCGUUGCUGUAGGUGCCCUCACCCUCCCCAUCAGCCUCGUUCACCGUGCCGCGACGGAACCACUUCUUACCGGAACUGUGCUGGCUGCUCUUACAAGAGCACCUGUUCAAUACCGGGCGCGUCUCUUAAAGCUCCUGGGGGAUGCUGGUCUGUCCCCUGAGCGUAUCGCACUCCUCAUCAAAUCGUUGAAGUACCUGCUUGCCAUUGGCCUCGUCCGAAAGCUCAACCAGACACUCACCAGACUUGCUCUCAACCACUGGCAUGUCUUUAGGAAGCCAGGUGCACCAUUCCGCUGGGACAGGCAGACGGAGCUCGUGGUAGUGACCGGAGGAUGUUCUGGCUUCGGGUACGAGAUGGUAAAAGGGUUUUCGAAACAUGCGAGAGUUGUCAUCCUCGAUAUCUCUCCACUGCCUGAGGAGUUGAGGAAGCUUCCCGGCGUCGACUACUACCAAGUCGACUUGACAGAUUUCUCCGCGAUUGAGUCAGUCGCGGAGACGAUCCGUAGAGAACAUGGUGAUCCGACAGUCCUUGUAAACAACGCCGGCAUCGCGAACGGCACCAAAAUCAUAAAUAGCGAUGCGAAGUUGACCGACAGGAUCUUCAAAGUCAACAUCGGGUGUCACUUCAUUCUGAUCAAGGAGUUCUUACCUGGGAUGCUGAGAGCAAAGAAAGGUCAUGUCGUGACCAUUGCAUCAAUGGCCAGCUUCUACGCAACACCGGGUCUCGUCGAUUAUUGCUGCACAAAGGUUGGGGCACUCUUUCUCCAUGAAGGCCUGCGAUCGGAGCUCCGAGGAUACUACGAGAACGGCAAGUGCAUCCAAACCACCUCCGUUCAUCCAUCCUGGCAUGCAACUGGCAUCGUGAAACCCGUUGCGGCCAAAUUGGAGCAGCUCGGAAUCAAGUGUGAUCCGGCGUCGAACGUGAGCGACGCGGUCAUCGAACAGGUUUUGGCGGGAAGGAGCGGCCAGAUCUUCGUGCCAAGGACAGAGGAAGGCAGGGCAGGGCUGAGGAACUGGCCGUUGUGGUUGCAAGAUGCGGUUCUCCAUCUUCAGAGAAGAGUGCAUAACUUUGACGUGUCAUGGGACUGA